UACUCUCUCCGUCUGGGAAAAGUUGUCCCCGCGGACAUUUUGCAAAAAACCCUUCCCUUUCCUCCGACAAACACGAAGCUCCCCGCGCUAGAACAGAGCUCCCCUGCUCGUUAUCCCCCUCGCCGGAGCUCCUUGCUCAGCUCCCCCGCGCGGCCGCGCCCUUCCUCUGCUCCCCCGCACAGCUUCCCCGCGCAAGAGCGCCCUCUCCCCGCGUUGCUUCCCCUCCUCGUUCCUCUCAUCAUUCCCCAUGGCAAAUCACGGUGAGGAGAAGGAAGCUUGGUUUUUUUCGAUCUGCUAUCCGACGGCGUCCUUCCCCGAGGACGGCAAGCCAGAGCUGCCCCUUCGCGUCGUCCAUCACCUCCUCGCUGGCUGGACGCCGUCGACCACGAAGCCAGUCUUCUCCAAGCGCGCGCCGCCAUGUGGGUCAGCGAGACGCCGAGGCCAAGGCGGAGCUCCAGGCCAUCGAGGCCGCGUACGCUGCCGAGUCCGGCAAGCGCCGCUGCCUCCCGCGGCCGCGUGCGCCUCCUCGCCGUCGUGGGUCCUCUCGCCCCCCACUUGCCAAGUCGCCAACAACAGCAGCAGAGGCGAUCAGCAGUCGCCAACAGCAGGAGCAGGGCGGGGACUCGAUCGGGCAGGCGGCAGCGGCAGCAGCUGCAGAGGUCUGUAGGUCGUCUUGCUGCUGGGGAGGCGGGGAAGAUCCGCGAGGCACUGCUUGCCGAAGUCAGCGGAGAGAGGAGCGGCGACCGAGGUUGGCAGUGGCGGCUGGAGUUGCCGCGGGCGUGAGGAACCGUCCGGGGACGCGAGCAGGGCGACGAGGAGGAGGUGCCCGUCGAGGUGGUCGCCUUGCCGGAGCAGCCGCAGGUGGGCGGCCGGGCAGCUCACCUCCGUGCAGCGCAGGUUCGCAGCGGCGGAGCAGCCGCAGGUGGGCAGAGGAGGUGGGCGGCGACGCGGUGGCUGGUCGCCCCGGUGGGCGGCGGCUGGGCGGUUGAAUUGCGUAGCGGGGCGCCGGCUGGUCCUCGGAUCGAAGACCAACUCGCAUCCGUGGUCACGACGGUGGGCGGCGGAGGCAGGCAGCUGAUGGCGGGAGUGGGCAGCGGCGGGUAGUCACGGGAGCGCUGCGAGCGCCGGAGCACGGCAGUGGAAUCCCACGGCGACGGCCACUGGCAACGCGCGGGGAAGGACAAAGGAAGAAGAAGGGGUCAAGAACUUAUUUGCUGCUGUUUUAAAAUUACGAGGUUCUUUUUGCAAAAAAAUCAAUGUACUGUGCCGGUGACAACUUUUCCCGGACGGAGGGAAAAUUUCCUAUACCAGUCAUAGAAGAUUUGUUGGAUGAGCUACAUGGAGCUAAGUAUUUUUCAAAGCUAGAUUUAAAAUCUGGUUAUCACCAAAUUAGGAUGCAUCCAGAGGACACACGUACAAAACUGCUUUUAGAACCUUUUUGGGCCAUUUUGAGUACUUAGUUAUGCCUUUUGGGCUUUCUAAUGCUCCUGGAACUUUUCAGGAACUAAUGAACACUAUCUUUGGGCCUUAUCUGAGGAAAUUUGUGUUAGUUUUCUUUGAUGAUAUUCUAAUUUACAGCAGAAAUCUCAAGGAGCAGUUGGAACAUAUCAAGAUUGUCAUGAACGUAUUGAGAGACAAUAAACUCUUUGCCAAGAUGUCAAAAUGUGUUUUUGCAGUCCAGCAAGUGGAGCAUCUAGAGCAUGUGAUCUCUGAACAAGGAGUUGCAACUGACCCCCAGAAAAUUGCUGCUAUUGUUGAAUGGCCUACUCCUGAUACAGUCACUAAGUUGAGAAGUUUCUUGGGCCUUGCUGGGU